AUGAAUCCUACUGCAAUUACUGGUUACUUGUCUGGUAUUGAGGCUUUAAGUGGAACAAAUUUUAAGAAAUGGAAGGAACAUAUUGGAAUUGUUCUCGGUUGUAUGGAUUUAGACUAUGCAUUACGGGAGCCUGCACCUAUAAAGCUUACUGUUGAAAGUACUAUAGAACAAAAGGCUUUAUAUGAAAAAUGGGAGUGCUCUAAUCGCAUGAGUCUAAUGAUUAUGAAAAGCUCAAUUAUGCCUACAAUUAGAGGAGCCAUUUUUGACUCUGAUAAUGCAAUGAGCUAUAUGAAAUCAGUUGAAGAACAAUUUUUAGGUACUUCCAAAUCUGUUGCUAGUACUCUAAUGAUGAAAAUGAUGACAAUGAAAUAUAAUGGUCAAAGUGGUGUUCCUGAGCAUAUCAUGAAGAUGAAUGAUAUGGCCUCUCAAUUGAAAGGAAUGGACAUGGAAAUCUCUGAAGGAUUUCUCGUUCACUUCAUGAUGACUUCUCUUCCUGCCCAAUUUGGUCCAUUUAAAAUUAAUUAUAAUACGCAGAAAAAGAAGUGGAAGAUGAGCGAGUUGAUUGCCAUAUGUGUUCAAGAAGAAGAGAGGCUCAAAGCUGAAAAACCCGAUAUGGCUCACCUUAUCAUUGGGGGCCCAUAUAGAAGGAAGUUUAAGAAAGGUAAAGGUAAAAAAACUUCACAUGCUAAUGUUGAUGCUCACCAAGUCCAAAAGAAAGAUAAUAAGAUGCGUUGCCAUUUCUGUCAUAAGAAAGGUCAUGUGAGAAAAGAUUGUCAGGGUUUUAAAUCUUGGUUGGAAAAGAAAGGUAAAACCCAAUGA